ACCACCUUCCUGGUUCCCAACCACACCCAAACCAACCAACCAACCCGCCGGCCUCCUAUAAAGCCCCCGCCCCCCUUCCGCAUCCCCGCGCUUCAAUUCCUUCUCCAACCCCACCCAACCCAAUCGACGCCACCACCAGCAGCUAGCGCCCAACCAUCAUCGAUCGAUCCAUCCAUGGGGCGGUCGCCGUGCUGCGAGAAGGCGCACACCAACAAGGGCGCCUGGACCAAGGAGGAGGACGACCGCCUCGUGGCCUACAUCCGGGCGCACGGCGAGGGCUGCUGGCGCUCCCUCCCCAAGGCCGCCGGCCUCCUGCGCUGCGGCAAGAGCUGCCGCCUGCGCUGGAUCAACUACCUCCGCCCCGACCUCAAGCGCGGCAACUUCACCGCCGACGAGGACGACCUCAUCGUCAGCCUCCACAGCCUCCUCGGCAACAAGUGGUCGCUCAUCGCCGCGCGCCUCCCCGGCCGCACCGACAACGAGAUCAAGAACUACUGGAACACGCACAUCCGCCGCAAGCUCCUCGCCAGGGGCAUCGACCCCGUCACGCACCGCCCCGUCGCCGCCGACGCCACCGUCUCCUUCCACCCGCCGCAGCUCAAGCCGCCCAGGUGCCCCGACCUCAACCUCGACCUCUGCAUCAGCCCGCCGUGCCGCCAGGACGAGGACCAGGAGCUCAUCAAGCCCGUCGUCGUCGUCAAGCGCGAGCUGCUGCAGUCCGGCCACGGCGCAGGGCUCUGCUUUGGCUGCAGCCUGGGACUCCAGAAGGGCGCCGCCGGGUGCAGCUGCAGCGACAGCCACUUCCUGGGGCCCAGGGUCGGCAUGCUCGACUUCAGAGGCCUCGAGAUGAAGUGAAACCACCCAACCAAAUGAACAGUCUUAUUUUUCACUCUCCUCUUGUUUCAUAGGCAAGCAGUUUGUAGGAGGGUUACUUAGUGCAGCAGAGGAUGAGAAGCAAAGCGAAGGCUGCUCUCUUCUCAUUCCAUUUUGUGUAAAUUACUGGCUGCCUCAUGGUCAGGAAAUAAUCAUAUGGUAUACUACUCUGAUGCUAGCUUAGGUACCUAGGUCCAUGUAAAUGUUGAGUCCCAUGGUAGUUUGUUUCUCUGAAGAGCAAAGGCUAGAUUCUCUGUUUGGUCAAGACUCCUGCGUUGGUGAUUAGAUUAUAUGAUACUGAGUUAUAAGAUUGCUUUGUUUCAGCUUUUCAACAAAAAACAAAGAUAUUGCUCUGUUUCAGAUAAUGA